AUGGGCAAGUCCUAUCACCCGGGCUGCUUCCGUUGCGUCAUCUGCAACAAGUGCAUGGACGGAGAGCCCUUCACGGUGGACCAGUCGGGCCAGGUCUACUGCCUCUUCGACUACUACCUGGUGACCGCGCCGACGUGUGCUGCCUGCGCGAAUCCCAUCCUGCCUGUUCUCGUGAAGCGACAUUUCGAUCCUAAACCCACUGAGGAAGUUAUUCGCGUUGUAGCGAUGAACAAGGAGUUCCACGUCGAAUGCUAUCGCUGUGAGGACUGUGACCUGCUUCUCAGUGAUGAGACCAACUCUCGGUGCUACCCCUACACCGAGACCGCAGAAAACGGCAGCCCUGGGCGCACGCACCUCCUGUGUCUGAAGUGCCACCUGACGCGGAUCGGCGCGACUCCGGCGCCGGGUCAGAACGUUGAGCUACAGCGUCGUCGUGGCUCCAACGGCUCCUCGUCGAUUGCCUCUUCGUCGGAUUUGGGUGGCCCCGGCUCGUCCUCGCCGUCCCGCGUCUACUCGCCCACACCCACAUCGUCCGGCCUCGCGCUGAUUGGCUCCGCGGAGGGGAACGCUGGGAGCCCUGGGGGGGUCAGUUCUCCGGCCUACAAAGUGACGAGGCCUUGGGGCGCUGGACAGGGAGUUCCCGGUCGACCGAGUUAUCUGAAAAACGAUGGACGCUGA